AUGGAUCACCCAAGGAACGGCGAUGGUGAGGAGGCCCAUUCUGAAGAUCAGUCUCUCGCAGAUUCGACGCGCAACCAGAACGACGCGCAGCAGAGCGCAGCCAACGGUAUCAGCGACGCUGAUGAAUCUGCGCCUUCAAAACAAGCAAGAAAAGAUUCAUCAACUCGAAAUUCUUCUCCUGGAGCAAUAUCUACUGAUCAUCGCAACUCUGCGCAAGACUCAAAUGACGCGUCUGCCGCCAUGGAUUCAUUACAGGAGUCACGGGAUGCAUCUAAUGAGGCGCAAAAUCCAGCGCAGGCCUCACCCAAGGAUUCCGAUGAGAAUGGCGCUGUGCCUUACGGUACGCGGUCGCGCAACCGUCCCGGCAGGUCGCGGCCAAAUUAUGCUGAAGACACCGAAAUGGAUUUCGAGAUGACGGCCGCUGCCACCAACGGUAACGGCUCCGAUCCGCCAUCGCGUAGUUCUGUGGCCGCCGAUGGUGGUCAGUCUGGAGGUGUGGGUGGGAAGAAAGGUUCCGUCUCUGCACCAAGCAAUGCGUCGUGGGGUAAUUCCGGAUCCAACUCAAAAGACACUGCAGCGAACCCCAAUACUUCCGGCGCAUCAGCGGUCGCAGCAACAACCCAACCCAGCACCGCGCAGGCUCCAGUCAAACGCCGAAAAAAUGCAUCGACCACCAAUGGCAAUCAUCAAAGUGCGGCUGCGCCAAGCCAAACAGGAGGGAAGCGCGGAAGCCAUGUCAUAGCGGCCGCCAGCAGCGCAAGGGAAUCCAACAUGCUGACAUUUGAAAACACCGGUGCAAUUCUCAAGGACGGCCACAUGGAGGCGGACGAUGGCCAGACUGUGUCCGUGAAUGACCAAGUGUACCUUGUGUGCGAGCCGCCAGGCGAGCCUUACUACCUUUGCCGGGUCAUGGAAUUUAUCCACGUCAACAACGAUCCGAAGCAGCGCGUCGAGUCUCUACGAGUCAACUGGUUUUACCGUCCGCGAGAUGUUCAGCGCUACAACAAUGAUUCUCGCUUGGUGUACGCCACCAUGCACUCGGACCUGUGCCCCAUCACAUCGCUCCGAGGCAAAUGCCAGAUCUUGCAUCGAAGUGAGAUCGGCGAUCUUGAUGAAUAUCGCAAAAUGAAGGACAGUUUCUGGUUUAACCAGGUGUUUGAUCGCUUUAUUCAUCGCUGGUACGAUGUCAUCCCCACGUCGCAGGUCAUCAACGUACCCGAAAAGGUCAAGAAGGCCUUGGACGAGCGAUGGAAGUACAUUUGUUUGGAGACAAGCCGGGUGAAGGAGUUGACCAGUGCUGUCAAGAGCUGCAAGCGCUGUGUUGGCUUUUGUGCAUCUAACGAUUCAGUCGAGUGCGCCGUAUGUCGCAACACAUACCACAUGAAUUGCGUCCGUCCACCGCUGCUGAAGAAACCGUCGCGCGGUUUCGCAUGGGCAUGUGGUCCGUGCAGCAGAGCCCAAGAGAAGAAGCUUGAGGCCCGCCGAACUCCGCUUUUGGGCGCUGGGGGUGAGGAACUUGAUGAAGAAGAGCCACUCGACGAGGAAGAAGAGGAUGCUGGAGGCGAUACUACUGCCAACACUCCUGAUCCCGAGGGCAAUGCUGACUCUCACCCGGGAACACAGGCCGAGAUAGCAUUGGCGAAGAUGUGGCCAAUGCGAUAUUUAGGCAUACACGCCCGGGUUGAAGAUGCGCUGCAGUACGACGAUCGAGCGAUCUACCCCCGUGCUAGUUCGCGUCUGGGACCUCGACAUCAAGCAAACGUCAAUGUAUGGCAUGGACACCCUGUAGAGCUGGUCAAACCUGCCGAAAUUAAGAAACGCUACGUCAAGGCGGCGGGGAACAAAAAGGAAGGUAAACUGUCCAAGGAGACGGUCGCUGCAAUCGAAGCAGACAAGGCCGAGAAGGCAAAGCGCCCUAAAUGGGUAAUGGACGAGCCUCCAGGAUACGUACGCCGCGGCGAAGACUACCCUAACAAAGACUCCAAAUGUACUGCUGAGCUGAUAUUCAAGAUGCCUCCUUUGGGUGUGCAUUCAACCCGUGGCGAGGAUAAUGCGCCAACGGUGAAUGAAGAACAGGUCAAGGCCUACAUGGACCGAGCCCGGGCAUUGGCGAAGCACGUUGGAGUCGAGCCCUAUCAUACGAAUUUCCUAGACAAGUGCUUGUCACUCUUCACGAAACACCAGUACGAUGCAGAUGUGGCUCUAAAACACGUCAAAAAGAUCGACAAGCGAAAAGAUCUGAAGGAACCUGAGCUGAGCAAAGAGGAAGAAAAGAAAUGGAACGAAGGCGUUUCCAAAUAUGGUUCCGAGAUCCGAAGCGUCCGUCUUCAUACCAGCAAAACAAUGUUCUAUGGGGAUGCUGUGCGAUACUACUACAUGUGGAAAAAGACGCCCAAGGGUAGAGAGAUUUGGGGUGCCUAUAGUAACCGCAAAGGCCGGAGUAAGAGGGUAGAGCCCGACGCUCAGACCCGAUUAUUAGAUGACGUUGCAGAUAAUCAGGAUGAUUCUGCAUUCGACAACGACAAGGCCAUACAGCGAAAGCGCAACUUCCAGUGCAAGUGUUGCAACGUCCGGCACUCUCGGCAAUGGAGGCGAGCCCCUGGUGUCUCUCCUGGCCAAAUGCUCCCCCCGGAUGGUCGUUCCAAGGACAAGAGCGGCUUCCUCAUUGCGCUUUGCAUACGUUGCGCUAAUUUAUGGCGCAAAUAUGCGGUGAAAUGGGAAAACGUCGACGAGAUUGCAAAGAAAGUCGCACAAGGUGGAGGUAAAGCUUGGAAGAGGAGGAUUGACGAGGAGUUACUACGAGAGGUAUACGCCGCGCAGACCGAUCCUAGCUCCAAGGGCGUUACUCCAGAAUAUGUCGACCUUCCUGCUGCUACCGUACAAUCCGUCAAUGAACCGCCUAAGAAGAAGCAAAAGACUGCUAUCAUGGCAAAUGGAGACAGUGGAACAUCGACCCCAGUCAAUGAGCCUGUGCCGAAGAAGAAAGAAAAAGAAAAGCCCCCGCCGGUACCCAAGGCACCCACUCCUCCUCCUGUGCCUGCUCCGCCACGGUUGAAAGAAUUGUCUUGCGCCGUGUGUCGCUCAGUAGACGGUGCUCGUGUUGAAUGUGCUGCUUGUCGCCUGACAGUUCACAAGUCUUGUUACGGAGUUGACGAUCCUCGCCAAGCCAACAAAUGGUACUGUGAUACUUGUAGGAACGACAAGAAGGAAAGCGUUUCUUAUGUAAGUAUCAAGUAUUUCCAGAUCCGCGCAUUAACUGACCACCGCCAGACCUACGAGUGCGUACUUUGUCCUCACAGAGAAACCGAACACGAGUUCUACGAGCAGCCCAAGGUGACGCACAAGAAGAAGACCGAUAGGGAUCGGGAGAAAGAACGUCUGGAGAAAGAAUUAAUCGACAGAGCGAAGGAAGAGUAUCGCCAACGGCAGCAAGAAAAGGGGCGGCCACUUAUGCCCCGCGAACCACUCAAACGUACAGCUGACAACAACUGGGUACAUGUUUACUGCGCGCUUUGGCAUCCGGAGAUCAGGUUCAGCAAUGCGGCACGAUUCGACAUGGUGGAAGGGAUCGGAGCGCCAACACUGCGUUAUGAUGCUGUGUGUAAGCUGUGCAAGACCACAAACGGCGCUUGCGCAUCUUGCCUACAUUGUCAUGCAACAUUCCACGUCGGCUGCGCGCACGGCCAAGGCUACGUUUUCGGAUUCGAUAUGACACCCGUCAAGGCCUCGCGGAGAGACGCUGUGCCUACGGUCACGCUGAACGGAGAUACAGGCUCCAUGGCUGCGGCUAUUUGGUGCAAAGAGCACGCGCCCAAAGUUCAGCCUCAUCCCAUGAACGAACAACUCGAAGGGACCGAUAUGAUUGCUUUGCAACUCUUUGCAAGAGAGUUCAAGCAGGCAGACUUGACACUUACAGGAACUGCACGCAAGGCCAAUCUCGUCGACCAAUCCACCCGAAUCGUUCCCCAGGCUGUGCCGACUCAGACUAAUCGAAGGGCUUCUGCUAUCACAGCGCAAACACCAACUUCCGCAAGGGGCAGGCAAUCCAACGCUGGGCUACCUGUGAAGGAGGAGUCUAGGGAGUCGUCAGUACCGAAGUCCGAACGCAAAUGUGUUCGUUGCAAGAUCGAGGCAAGUCCCCGAUGGUGGGAGACGGAUGAUCAGGCGCCAGUCGCACAAUCUGGUGUUUGUUUGGUGGAUGGCCCACUUCCCGUCAACGCUGUUGAAACCAACACAAGUCAGGCAAGCGACCUGAGCCUGCGCACCGAGGACACACACAUGACUAAUGGGUCUGUGGAUCACAAGAUGACUGAUGCACCGCCUGUUGCUGCAGUUGCCCCACGAGAGCAACUGAAGCUGGACACGAAUCUUGCCGGAGUUCAGUCGACAUCCUAUCUGUGCCAAAAGUGCCAUUGGAAGAAGAAGAAUGGUGUAAAGGACGAGGAAGAGCGUGAAAAGCCUGUGCUCGAUCUCCUUGAUCCACAGCAACUGGCUGGCCCAAUCAUCUUCCUCACCACCUACACAAUGGCAUCGGUCACCCACCGCCACCACACGGUGCUCCCUUGA